ACUGGCGCCGCUGACCUAUCAAAGCUGACUCUGACUGGAGACCAGACUGGAGACAUUUCACAUGAGCAACUAGAAGAAUAGUUGAAAAUGCGCGCUCCCUCGAUCGCUAGUUCGAUCUCUCCUCCUGGAAAAGCAAAGGAAACGGCUGCUACGCAGGCUAGUAUCCAUACGAAGAGUUUCUACUGAAUCCCAAGCUUCACAUGGCAUUUGAGCAGUUAUUAAAGGCACUGAACACCCUUUUUGAGUGCUAUAAUGGAUUAAAACUGUCACUGGCAAGCCUUUCUACUAAAGUCUUCAACACUAGGGAGGGUGCUAGAGAUCAAGCAGCAAAAAUUAAUAUUUUUGGCACUGAAACAAGAUGGAAUCUUUCCUUCUACCUAAAAACUCUGAAGCGUAUGAGCACUGCCAUGGAACAAGCAGACUUCAAGAAGGGCAACACGCAAGCCAGUAGCGCUCAUGACACACUGACAGCUCUGAAUGAUGAAGUCCAAGCAGAUGGCAUGCUUAAAGCACUGGAAGCUGUAGUAGCUGAACGUCAAAAGCAAGAAGAGAACAAGAGGGAAAGCAGCAAUGCUGUGGAUAGCACCAUCGAGAGAGCACUCCAAGGAGCAAGCACACUUGUAAAGGAUAUCACUUGGGGUUUACUUGGUUACAUCAAAGAAGAGAUGCAUAAAGCUUUAAAUGACGGGGAACUUUUCAUUAAUGCAGAUGUGUUGAAGCAAGAAGUCGAAAAAGUCAAAGAAACAAUAGCCCAGGUAAAGAGUGCAGGCAAUGAGAAUAUUUUGGCACUUGGUAAUAUUAUUUCCAUGAUGGAAGAGCUGAGUAAGGAUGGAAAAUGUGACGAGGCUUUAUUGAAGUCUCUGAAGUCAAAUGCUGAAGCCCUCAGCAAAUCUUGCGAUGAGAAAUUACCAAGCGUGAGUCCAGAGUAGACUCCAGAGUGAGUAAUUUUAGCACGACAGGUGCUCUUUACCUUUGACUACUUGGUUCUGAUGACGAUGAUGAUGAUUGGUUGUGUUCUGAUUUCAACUGCUGCCGUCAGUAUGUGUAGCUAGUCCACCAAUAUUUUGUACUUACUUUGUAACAUUAUUUUUAAAUUUAAAGUUGUCAUUAGAAAUUAACCGCUAGUAACGUUUUAUUUUUAUUUUUUUAUAUUUUAUUCUUAAUUUAUUAUUCAACUAUGCUGUACAUAGCCCACAAAUAUUUUUCACGUUAUUUAUUAAAUUUAAAAAAAAUUCUCACUAGAAAUUAAUAACUAGUAAUUUUAUAUUGUUGUUGUUGUUUUUGUAUUGAGUGUUAUUUUUGAUGUUUAUUAUUUCUUUUUUAUUGUCAACACCUAAUUAGUGUAAAUUACACUAGAACAUUAUUGUACAUUAAUAAAGUCAAUCUUGCAGUCAAAACUUGCACAUUUCUCUUCAUGUUAGCUUUGGAAAUUUUUCACAGUUUCAGGAACCAUUUUCAGGAAACAUUUGACAGUGGUUUUCUAAACAGCCAUGCAGAAAUGUUAGGUAUGGGUGCAUAACUGUCAAAACUGCUGCACAGCUGUGACAAGGUGUGUCAUAGGGUUAAGCUGAAACAGGACGAGUGAUGGAAACCUUUUAAGGCUCAUAAAAAAAGUCACUACAUUCAGGAAGAAAGACGUAAAAAAUAUUGGAGGUAAAGUGUAGGGAAUUUCUUUUUCUCGACAGCACAAAUUUUCUCUAUGUCGGUGUGUGAUACAGCACACUAUCUUCUGGCUUUGAGAGCUUUUACCAAAAUCUGUACUCCCUUGAAACUUGUGGUCACCAUGGACAGUUUUUAAAACAACUGCCUUCAGCACUGUGCUUAGAUAACUUCCUUUCCAUCCUUGCAGCAGGAGAACGAAAUGGCCAUGCAACUGGUUGAUGGUUAAAGAAAAACCACAUGAAGUUGGCGUCUUUAAGACCAAUAUUCAACCUAUUAGCCCCCAAAUGAGUUUUUUAAUGUUGUUGUGAUUUUAGCAUUUCAGAAGUAAAUACAAUUUAGGGUGUGGUGAUUAGUUUUGUUCUGAAAUUGCGUUAAAUUAAGCUUACAAUCAGUUAAGGUGGCCGAAGACAGAUUUUGAACGCAUUUUUGCUGAUGCAAUUCAGUGCAUGCACACGGAUUGCAAAAAACAAACAUGCUGUCAAUAGAGAGAUCAUUUUAU